UUGUCAUUCUUUUUUCCUUUCACAGUGCCACCCAAAAAGCCUGUGAUCAUGGAUCAAAACGGCGAACUCUUCCACAGUCUCAUCGGGCCCUACAACGAAGGGGACAGAUUGUUCCUCGUCUGCGAAACGGAAGGGGGUAAGCCGACUCCUUCCCUGACGUGGUGGCGUGAGAGCGUUUUGUUGGACGACAGCUACGAAGUCAGCAGCGAAGGUGUGGUUCGGAACGAAAUCGAGAUCACAUCCCUCCAGAGGCAUGAUCUGAUGGCCGUUUUCACUUGCCAAGCGUCCAACAACAACCUCACGGUGCCCGUCUCCAAGUACGUCACUGUGGACAUGAACU